UGCCCAUUUACUGAUAGGACUGUUGACUGAAGCUUUUGACCUUUCCGGAAUUAUUUCUUAUAAAGUUGUCAACCCAGAAGAGUCUGCACAUUACCUGGUGUAGAUCAUGGGGUGCACAACUCUCUGUUUGUCAGUCUUUUUUCUCAUUGGCGGAGCGUAUGCCCAACAGCAAUGCGCACUUAUAACACCAAGUUUACUACAUGUGAAUGGCGAGGAGACCAUUGUGGUAGAUGCUCAAGGACACAACGUUCCAUUUGAUGUUGAUAUCAGUAUUCAUGACUUUCCUCGAAGGGAACUCUAUCUUGCCUCAGCCAAAGUUUCUCUGAAUAGUAACAAUGAGUUCCUUGGUACAGCCACAGUAAAGAUUGACUCUUCUUCACUCCCACCAAAAAGAAAGAAGCAGUUUGUAUAUGUCAAUGUGAAUUCCACCUCAUGCACACUAGAGAAAGUUGUGUUGCUGUCACAAAGCAGUGGCUAUAUCUUCAUUCAGACUGAUAAGAACAUCUACACCCCAGGAUCUACAGUUCUCUACCGGAUUUACAGCACAAGCUACAAUAUGCAGCCAAUCAGAAAACCUUUAAUCAUUGAUUUUGUGGACCCAGAUGGCGUCAUUGUAAAGAGAGAGAGCUUCGUAGGUUCCACAUCUGAUUUCAUCGUCAAGUCACUUCGACUUCCGCAAUUUGCAAGCCUUGGGGAAUGGACUAUCUCAGUAAAGUAUGAAGACACCCCUCAACAAAAUUACACCACCAAAUUUGAUGUGAAGGAAUACAUGCUGCCUACAGUGGAAGUCAUUAUAAAACCAGAAAGGAACUAUUUUUAUGUUGAUACUGAAACUUUCAGAGUGAAAAUUCAGGUGUGGCAUCUACAUGGGAGGCCUGCUGAGGGAUAUGCAUUUGUGCUCUUUGGAAUUAAGAAAGACAAUGUAAUGAAAGAAAUUUCAGAGUCUAAGACAAGGGUAAAGAUCAGUCAAGGUGAGGGUCAUGCAGAAAUGAAAAGGGAGCAACUUGUGAAGCAUGUUUCCAAACCUGAAGAAAUGGUCCAAUACAGAUUGUAUGUGAGGGCCACUUUUCUCUCAGAAACCGGCAGUGAUAUAGAAGAGGCUCAUUCAGAAGAUUUCCCUAUUGUGACCUCACCGUAUAGAGUUUUCCUUACCAAAACCUCCAAAUAUUUCCAGCCUGGACUUCCAUUUAAUGUUAAGGUGUCUGUAACUUAUCCAGAUGGUUCUCCUGCUCGUAAUAUCCCUGUGGUGGCUGAGCCAGGAAGAUUUGAUUGGGUAACCCAAACAGAUGGAACAACACAGAUAUUAUUGAACACAGACUCACAUAUAGAGCAAUUGCCCAUAACUGUGAGAACAAACCAGGAAGAUUUGCCAGCCCGGUACCAAUCAUCUGCAACCAUGAUUGCUAAGCCUUACCGUCCUUCUUAUGGCUCAGGGAACUAUCUUCACAUCAGCAUUUUUGGGUCUGUCAUAGAACCCGGAGAAAAUAUCCUCAUCAUUUUCAAUGUCCGAAACAGUGACCCAAUUCUUCAGAACCAAAUACAAUAUUUCACCUAUCUGAUCAUGAGCAGGGGGAGAAUUAUAAAAGUGGGCAGACAGGCACGGCAACCUGGUCAGGCUACUGUCGUCAUGACUGUGCCGGUCACUGGGGACUACAUGCCAUCUUUCCGUGUUGUGGCAUAUUACAUGGUGAUGACACCUGGAGGGCGUGACAUUGUGUCUGACUCUGUCUCGGUGGAUGUGGUAGAUACCUGCAUGGGCACGUUGGAGGUGACAGGCUACAAGUAUAAAGAUAAUAAGGUCCAAAGACCUGGUCUUCAGAUGAAGCUGAAACUCAGAGCUGAGCACAAGGCCAAAGUUGCGUUGGUGGCUGUGGAUAAAGGCGUCUUUGUGGGGAACAAGAAUCAUGCGAUCACUCAGAGUAAGGUAUGGGAUACAGUGGAGAAGGGGGAUAUUGGUUGCACUCCUGGAGGUGGCGCUGACAGUGCAGGGGUUUUCUUUGAUGCUGGGCUCACUGUACAAACAAGUGACAGAUUUACUACCCCUCAAAGAUCAGAGUGGAAGUGCAGAACUCAUGCACAACGCAGACGACGCUCUGUAGAAUAUGAUGAGGAGGAUGAUGAUCUAUAUUAUAUAGAUGAAUUUUUGACCAGAACGGAAUUUCCAGAGAGCUGGUUUUGGAAAGUGGAACAAAUGUCAGAAACGCCAGACAAAAAUGGCAUCUCAACCAAGGUCCUAAAUAUGUUUUUAAAAGAUUCAAUUACCACCUGGGAAGUUUUGGCUGUGAGUUUAUCUGAAACUAAAGGACUGUGUGUAGCUCCGCCCUAUGAGAUUAAGGUCUCAAAUGAUUUUUAUAUUGACUUGAAACUGCCGCAUUCUGUUGUAAGGAAUGAACAGGUUGAGAUACGAGCCAUUAUCUACAACCAGAACAAAGAUAAAAUGAAGGUGCAAGUGAAGCUGGUCCACAAUUCAGAAUAUUGCAGUCUGUCCACGGAUGAGAAGGAUUUCCGGCAGGUUGUUUGGGUUGAUGGCAUGUCCUCUGUGGCUGUCCCUUUUGUUAUUGUGCCACUAACUCUCGGCUGGCAUAAUAUAGAGGUGAGGGCAGCUGUCUCCAGAAGGUUUGACCAUGACAGUGUCCGUAAAAGGCUGACUGUUCUGCCUGAAGGAAGACACAUGACCCAAACUUUGACGUCUAUGACUUUGAACCCAGAGGUUGAAGGAAAAGAUGGGUUGCAGGAAAUAAAGAUUGAAGUACCGAACCAGAACAACAUCAUUCCCUACACAGAUACUGAUAUCAGAAUCAUUGUACAAGGAAUCUUAGACGAUCAUACGCGUGAAGGUUCCAUCGAUGGUGCCACUCUCAGCCAUUUGAUUGUGGUGCCGGCUGGCUCUGUAGAGCAGAACAUAGCGACAAUGACAUCUAAUGUAAUUGCUGCCCACUACCUGGAUGCCACCAACCAAUGGGAGCGAGUUGGGCUGCAACGCAGAGAAGAAACCAUCAAGAACAUUGAACAAGGUUAUGUUCAACAACUUUCUUAUCGUAAAGUUGACAAAUCCUUUGCGCCUCCAUCAGCCAGUGUAUGGCUCAAUGGUUAUAUUAUAAAAGGGUUUUCCAUGGCUACGGAUUUAAUAACCAUUAACCACCACGUACUCUGUGGUGCAAUCAAGUGGCUUAUAUUGGUGGAACAGCUGCCCAACGGGCAGUUCCAGGAAAAUGCUCCUGUUGUCCUUACAGAGAUGAUGGGAGGAAUCAAACUGGGAGAAGCAGAGGCAGAUGCAGCCCUCACAGCCUUCGUACUAAUUGCUAUGCUUGAAAGUGAGAGAACUUGCCUUCCUGUGGUCAACAGCUUGCUUAUUAGUUCCUACAAAGCUACAGACUUCCUGAUGAAUCAAUACUCUGCCCUACGCAAACCAUAUUCCAUUGCAAUAACUUCCUAUGCACUUGUACUGGCGGGGAAGCUCCAGGACACAACUAAAUUAAUGUCUGCUGCCACAGAUGUGAGCCGUUGGGUGGAAUCAGACUCACCUUUAACCUCUGUGGAGGCCACAUCAUAUGCUCUUCUAGCCCUCCUUAAAAUGAAGAAAUACCAGCCAGCCCAUGAUAUUGUCCGUUGGCUCAAGGGACAGAAAUAUAAGGGAGAAAAUUUCAGAGCCACUCAGGCCACCAUGAUAAUGUUCCAAGCUCUGGCUCAGUAUCACACAGACACCCAACAUCUCAAUGAGCUUGACAUGGAUGUCACCAUUGACUUUUUAGACAAGAGACCGCUCAUAACGUAUAGGCUCAACCCCUCCAAUGCUAUGGUGUCUCGUGUCCAUGAAACACGCACAGACAAAGACUUUGUAGUAAAAGCUACAGGCAAGGGAAAGUGUACGUUAAAGGUGGUAUAUAUAUAUUACGCUUUUGUAUCGGAGAAUGAGAGGUCAAGCAGUGACUUCGACAUGUCUGUGAAUGUAAAGGAAGAGAAACUGAUUCAGCACCCUGAAGGUGCCAAGGCUACAAUUUCUGUUGAAGUCUGUGCCAGGUAUCUCAGAAAUGGUGAUGUCACCAUGCCCAUUGUUGACGUAUCCUUGAUGACUGGUUUCUUCCCAGAUGUUGAUUCGCUUGAGAAACUAAUGCAAGGGGUGGACAAGUACAUCUCUAAGUAUGAAAUCAACAAAGGAGCCAAGGAAAAAACAAACCUUAUCAUUAUCUUAGACAAAAUCUCACACACAAAACAAGCAUGUUUCAAAUUUUAUGCUCACCAGUUCUUCAGAGUGGGUCUCAUCCAGCCAGCCUCUGUAACAGUGUACGAUUCUAACUCUCCAGCAAACCACAGUACUAAAUUCUACCAUAUGAAUAAGGGCAGUGACUUGUUGACCACAAUUUGCCAAGGACAUGUAUGCCGUUGUGCAGUUGAGAACUGUUUCAAGCAGCAACAAAAUAAGCAUGAAAUAACAUCUUAUUUCCGAGUGUAUAAGGCUUGUGACAAAAGAGUGGAUUAUGUGUACAAGGCUUCUCUCGUGGACAUACAGCAUGGUGAGAAGGCUGACUAUUACAAAAUGACAAUUAAAAAGGUUAUGAAGGAAGGGGGUGAUGAAGCUCCUCUGGGUGAGACACGGACCUUUAUCAGUCCCAUCGUAUGUCAGAAAGCUUUAGAUCUAAAGACUGCCCAAGAUUACCUGAUCUUUGGUCCAACUAGUGACUUUUGGCACACACCAUCUAGGACUAGAUAUUCCUACACCAUCGGGAAGGACACAUGGAUUGAGUGGUGGCCCAAUGAGAAGGAGUGUGAGCAAGAAGAGAACAAGGAUCUCUGUGAUGACUUUGACAUCCUUUCUCAUACCCUGGAGAUAUAUGGUUGCAACAACUGAAGGACCUGCUUUGGGCGCCUGACAGAAGCUUCCUAUUUCCUAAAUCAUACAAGCCAUCAUCAAAUAAUUUUGGCUCUUUUUAGUUCAUCCUAAAAUAUGGAUAUUGUAUAAUCUGGGUGCUAAUAAUUGUCUGUUAGAAAACUGUUACCGGACAUAAUAAAUGUGAUCUUUUACUUGUA